AUGAUAGACAUUUUUGCCGCCCUACGUUACUCGGAAGAGAGGCAAGUGACCUUCACGGUUUUUCAACUCGAAGGGGCUGCUCGCUCUUGGUGGAACAUUAUCCGGACAAAAUGGGAGCGAGAACAGACACCAAGGACAUGGACGAGCUUUGUAAGGGAAUUCAACGCCAAGUUUUUUCCACCAUUAGUCCAGGAGAAAAAGGAGGACGAAUUUAUUCGUCUACGCCAAGGCACGCAAUCGGUGGCCGAAUAUGAGAGCCAAUUCACACGUUUGUCCAAGUUUGCUCCUGAGCUCAUUCUGACAGAGCAAAGGAGGGCGAGACGUUUCCUUCAGGGGCUUAACGUGGAAAUCCAAAAGGAUUUGGCCGUAGCCCAAAUCACCACUUUCAGUGAUGCUGUGGAGAAAGCAUUACGAUCCGAGAACGCAAGGCUCCAGGUGAGGAAUUUCCAGAAUAGGAAGCGGGGAGCUGCUGGGAGUAGCUCAACUCAAGGGGAUAAAAGUACCCCUCCUAAGUUUGGAAGGGGAGCUGGAGGGGGACGGUUUGCAAGUCCGGCCCGAGGGGCUCCCUCUCGAGGAAGCCAACCCGGACGAGGCCAACAGAGGAGUGCCUCACAAGGGAGUUCCGCUACUGUUACGCGCGGGCCGUGUGGCUUCUGUGGGAAACUAAACCACACGGAAGACGACUGUUGGAGGAAGCAGAACAAAUGUCUGCGGUGCGGAAGUGCGGAGCACCGGUUCGCCAGCUGUCCGGUCCAGGCACGAGACGUGAGGGGAACUACACCGACCUCUAAGGCUACUUCAAGUCAAUCCCGGGUAGAUAGCGCCAAACCGAAGGUGCCCGCACGUGUGUACUCCAUUGAACAACGGCCAGUUCCUGAUUCCGCCGAGGUAGUGGAAGGUACGAUUCCUGUCUUCCACCGCCUAGCUAGAACUUUGAUAGACCCUGGAGCCACUCAUUCCUUUGUUAACCCCGAGUUUAUGUGUGGAAUUGAUAUAAACCCUGUCACUCUUCCUUAUGAGUUAGAAGUUAGUACUCCUACGGGGGACCACUGUUUGAUUUCUAGCAAAAUGUAUACGAAUUGUGAGAUCUGGGUAGGUGAGCGGAAGUUAUUGGGGAAUUUGAUAAGUUUAGCCAUAAAGGGAUACGAUGUAAUAUUAGGCAUGGAUUGGUUGGCUCGAUACGAUGCCCAGCUGGAUUGUAAGAGGAAAACUGUUGAAUUUCGUAUUCCGGGGGAGGCAACUUUGAGGUUAGAUGUGAGGGGUAGUCUAGCCUCAUCCGCUAUGAUUUCGGGUAUUCGAGCUAGGAAAUUAUUGAGUAGAGGGGCACAAGGGUUCCUAACUUUUCUUAUUAAUACUCCUGCCGACAAACUGAAAAUAGAAGACAUCCCACUAGUGAGUGAAUACCCCGAUGUUUUUCCUGACGAGUUAGUAAAUCUGCCUCCAGAAAGAGAAAUUGAGUUUGAAGUUAACCUAUGCCCAGGGGCUUCCCCUAUUUCCAAAACUCCCUACCGAAUGGCACCUGCGGAACUCAAAGAGUUGAAAUUACAGUUGCAAGACCUUCUAGAGCGAGGGUUUAUUCACGAGAGUGGAUCACCUUGGGGGGCACCUGUUCUCUUUGUUAAAAAGAAGGACGGGACCCUGAGACUAUGUAUCGAUUACCGAGGGUUGAACAACGUGACCAUUAAGAAUAAGUACCCUCUACCUCACAUCGAUGAAUUAUUUGAUCAAUUACAAGGUGCGGAGGUCUUCUCGAAACUAGACCUUCGACAGGGGUAUUACCAACUGCUGAUUAGAAAGGAAGAUGUACCUAAAACCGCCUUCAAUUCUCGGUAUGGGCACUACGAAUUUGCCGUGAUGCCUUUUGGACUGACUAAUGCCCCUGCUGCUUUCAUGGACCUCAUGCACCGAAUUUUCAAACCUUAUCUCGACCGAUUUGUUGUUGUUUUUAUCGAUGACAUAUUGGUUUAUUCAAAAACCCGUGAGGAGCAUGAAAAACAUUUGAAAGAGGUCCUACAAACCCUGAGGGAGCACCAGUUGUAUGCCAAAUUUAGCAAAUGUGAGUUUUGGUUAGAAAGAGUUGCUUUUCUGGGGCAUGUGAUUUCAAAGGAAGGGAUUGCUGUGGAUCCGGCCAAGGUAGAGGCGGUAACUGAGUGGAAGAGACCCGAUAACCCUACUGAGAUCCGGAAUUUUCUAGGGUUGGCAGGUUAUUACCGGCGAUUUAUUAAAGAUUUUUCGAAACUUGCCAGUCCCUUAACUGAUUUAACCAAGAAGGGUGGACGAUUUCUGUGGAGUGAUAAGUGUGAAACCAGCUUUCAAGAGCUGAAGCGGAGAUUGACUAUGGCCCCUAUUCUAGCUUUACCUAAUGGUCCGGACGGUUUCACUGUUUACACUGACGCUUCCAAAGAAGGUUUGGGGUGCGUAUUGAUGCAACACCAUAACGUGAUAGCUUAUGCUUCUCGAAAAUUAAAAAUUCAUGAGCAAAACUAUCCCAUUCAUGACCUAGAAUUGGCCGCAGUUGUCUUCGCCCUGAAAAAGUGGAGACACUAUCUAUACGGAGUGACUUUUGAAGUUUAUUCUGACCAUAAGAGCCUUAGAUACCUCUUUUCCCAGAAGGAGUUGAACAUGAGACAACGCCGUUGGAUGGAAUUCUUGGAGGAUUACGAUUAUACUAUUAACUACCAUCCUGGUAAGGCUAAUGUGGUAGCCGAUGUUUCAUUGGUGAUUGAGAAGUGGGCGUUAUUUUACGUGUAUAGGUGA